AUGAGUGCAGCAGAUCAACUUCAAGCUGCUGGUGGGCAGUCUGAGGUCAAACAGAAAGAUGAAAAACAGGAAAAGAAACAGGAAAAUGUGUUGGAGGUGAAUCCUGAAGACUCGGUGAGUCAGUGUGUCAGCCAUACUAGCUCUGCUUCGUCAGCCAUGUUGAAAGCUAUGGCCAGAAAGGCAGCCCUAGCAGCUGAAGCAGCUGCUAUAGAAGAACGCCAACAACUAGAACUUGAGGAAUUUCAACUAACGCAGCGUAAGUUGAGAUUAUCGAUGCAGACGAAGCUCAGGGUUGCAGAAACAGAAGAACAGAUAUACCUUGAGUUUGAGAAUAAGAAGUUUGGAAUAAGCUUUCCUGAGAAAGAACAGGAUGAAACCUUACCUUACACUCCUGGCAAGGUAGUGACAGAGACUGUUGUUCCUACUAAGUCUACGAAGUGUAAGCCUAUCACAGCAAAUAGGUCUGACCAUGGACAACCGCUGACCAUGAGUGAUGAUUCCGAUGUAGUCACCCUACUGAAGGAAGGACAACAGGAGCAACGCCGUCUUUGGGAGGUGAUGCAGCUGCCUAAGGCCGAGUUGACGCCUUAUGACGGAAAUCCCCUAGAAUUUUGGGAGUUCUGGCGGAGUUUCGAGGACAACAUUGACUCUAGUUCGUGCGGAGAUAGGACGAAGCUAACUCGCCUCUUAUACUAUUGUCGAGGGGAACCUAAGAGACGUUUGAGUCCUUGCUUAUUAAUGAACGCAUCACAAGGAUAUUCAACAGCAAAGCGACUUCUGAUUGAAAGAUUUGGAGACCCAGUUGUCAUCACAGACUCCUGGAUGAAGAAGAUAACAUCUGGGAAGCAGAUUAGCCCUCGUGACAAGAAAGGUUUAAGAGAGCUGGCAGAUGACAAGAGUGUCUGCCUAAUGUCAUUUUAA